AUGGCGCGCCGUUACGACAGUCGGACAACGAUAUUCUCCCCAGAAGGACGGUUGUUCCAGGUCGAGUACGCUAUGGAGGCGAUCUCCCAUGCUGGUACCGUCCUCGCCGUCCUUUCUAAGGAGGGCAUCGCUCUUGCUGCGGAGAAAAAGGUCACCGGCAAGCUCCUCGACCUGUCGCUCGCCCCAGGAGGAUCUGGGAAGGGUGGAGAAGGCUCGGAGGCUUGGAUGGGCGGGGGCGGUGAGAAGAUCUUCCUCCUGAACAACAACAUUCUCUCGGGCCUUGCGGGUAUCACGUCGGACGCCAACUCGCUUGUCAACUAUGCGCGCAAUUCCGCACAACGCCACCUGUACACCUACGACGAGGACAUCCCAGUUGAGAUGCUCGUGCAGCGCCUGUGUGACAUGAAGCAAGGCUACACUCAGUUUGGCGGUCUGCGUCCUUUCGGCGUGUCGCUCCUCUACGUCGGCUGGGAUCCACUGUACGGAUUCCAGCUGUACCAGUCCGACCCGUCGGGCAACUACUCAGGGUGGAAGGCGACGUGCAUCGGCGCGAACCACUCGAGCGCCGCCUCGCUCCUCAAGCAGGACUACAAGGACGACAUCACUCUCGAGGAGGCCAAGGCUCUGUGUCUCAAGACGAUGGCCAAGACGAUGGACUCGACCAAGCUCAGCAGCGAGAAGCUCGAGUUCGCGACCAUGACUCUCGUGCCCGGGGUCCAGCAGCCGCUCGCCAAGAUUUACGGCGCGGACGAGCUCGACGAGCUCCUCCAGAAGCUCGAGCUUGGCGGCACCAAGGAGGAGCAAAUUGGCGUGGGCGAGGGUACUGGCGGCGGCGACGCUGGUAACAUUGCUGUGAGCACGUAG